GAUGAUCUAUAUGUACCUUUUGUUCUCUUUGGGGACUACGUUGUUAUGCACCACUUUCAUUAUCUUCCGUAUCGUUACUAUUAAGAGAUCUACAGAGGGGACUAGUGCUGCGGCGCGCGCCUACCGUGGUAUCGUCGAAAUCCUGGUCGAGUCCGCCUUGCUCUAGUUAAGUGCCAACUUAGUCUUUUGUACGUUCCCAGUGAUAGGAGAUGGAGUCACAGUAGUGGUGGUUAUCCAACAGCGAAGAUAUAGAAUCCAAGGCGCCAGAUACGCGUUGUCUAGCAACUGUACGACUCGUUCGGUAGAGAGCAAUAAUAUGCUUAGCUUCCUUGUCUACGAGUGCGUGGCCCUUCCAUUUGAGCGCGGCGCUGAGGAUUUGAAGCAAGUGGGCGGACAUCAAAGGGAGAAGCACGUCCUUGCAGGAGCUAACGGCAGCAUAUACCCAAUAUUUGUGAGCCUCCUCAGCAAGCAGGAGAAUGACAGCAAACGGAAGUCCAGCGAGGUCUGGCAGUGGCUCUUUGCACAGAAAUUAGAAGAAAAAACUCGUGUGUCCUGGAUGAUUUAGGCCCAGGACGUGGUCAUCUUCGAAGGGGAAUUUCAUGCGGUACAACUAGAAGCAGAUGCUGUAGGACGUGUCGUCGUCCGGGUACGAGACUGUCGCGAAUCAGACUUGCAGAUGGGCGAGGACGAGGCGAGCUCAUCGAGGUGGUAGAGAG